CUGAUAGCCAUGGCGGUGGCUGAAACGGUGCUACUGUCUGCAUUUGCUGCGAUUGGCGGGACAUGCCAUGGCGUGUUGCGAUCUGUCGGCUGCCAAAGGAUCACAGCCCAGUUCGUUGGAAGCUCUAGAACGCGGCUUCAGCAGGUUCCCGUCUGCACGCAAGCCAGCUACUGCCAAGUUCCCACCUUCGUGCUUGCCGGAAUAGUAUGCCCUGCGUAGCACGUGGUGCCUGCUACCCUUGUGCAGCGCGGCAGUGACGUACCUUGCAUGGGAAGUGGGAGCUUGGAGCUCCAUGUAGGUGUGAUGAACAGCUUCAGUAAAUCAAAACAGGCUGUGAGUGAGACUUACAUGACCUUUAAAGGCCCUUCUGAGACUCCAACCUCCACUCCCCAUACACUGAACACACCCACAAACCUCUCACAACCAACACCAAACCUCACAAUUUCAACCACAAACCAACAUGUCUGGCUACGACGAUAACACCUCGAGCGGCUACGGCGACAGCGGACGUCAGGGCGGCUACGGCAGCUCCGACAGGACUGGCCGCUCCGGCAUGGGGGAUGAUUCCUACAGCUCGACAGGUGGUAUGGGCCGUUCCGGUAUGGGCGAUGACAGCUACUCCUCGGGAGCGGGCGGUCUUGGUGGCCGUGACACCGACAACUACGGCUCCAGCACGAGCGGCAUGGGCCGUUCUGGACUGGGCGACGACGACUACUCGUCCGGAGCGGGCGGCCGUGGAGGUCGUGACACUAUGUCGUCUUCAGACAACUACGGCUCUGGCACAAGCGGUAUCGGCCGCUCUACUGGUGACAACUUUGGUACUACUUCUGGAGAGUCUACGUACGGUCGCACGGGUCGUGACGCCGACACUACAAGUGACACGUACGGAUCGGGAACGACUAGCGGCGCCGGUUUUGGCAACAAAACUUCGUCCGGCGAUGAUUACGACACCUCGAGCACUCGCUUCGGUAGCAGUGGCAACACUGAUCCCUACUCCGGAGGACGCGAGUACGGAUCUGGCACGACUGGCGGAGCAGGGUUUGGCAACAAGACUUCCGGUGAUGACAACUACGACAGCUCGAGCACUCGCUUUGGUAGCGGCGGCAACACAGACUCGUACAGCGGCAGCACCGGCUACGGUUCUGGAACCACUUCGGGCGCUGGAUUCGGAAACAAGACGAGUCAAGGCAGUGACGACUACGACAACACCAGCUCCAGUGGACGUCACGGCCAGCAGAAGGAUUCGAUGAUGGGUAAGAUGAUGCAAAAGGCCGGCGACAUGAUGGGCAAUGAUAAGCUCGCCUCCAAGGGAGCUGAGAAGCGUGGCAUGAACGCUGGAGAUGAUGACUACUAAGCUUGAAGCGGUGCGACAGACUGCGGAUGGUUCUGCUGUGCCAUUUC